AAAAAACAUGAAGUAUGGCUUAUGCCUAUUUCUAAAAACUAUCAAGAAUAUUCAAUCAUAUACCAAACAAACCACAUACUUGCUCAACCCAAAUUAUGCAAAACCUUCAUCAACGACGUUUAUUAUCAUUAUCACAAAUCGUAAUGCUAUAUACAAAUAAGUUUGGCAUAAAAUUAUUACUUAUUUUUAUAAUGAGCAACAUAAUAAAUUAUCCUAAAAUCACAACACGACAUUUUAAUAACUGCUAAUAACACAAUUAUUAGCUACUAUAAUUCAUCAAAUUACAAUUACUUACAAAUAUCCAUCAUUGCAAAACAAAAAUAAUAUUAACACCAGCAAAAAGUUUGAGAGAAGUUUUAAAAUUUUGAAAUAGGCCAACAAUUAUAUCUUGGGCCAAAAAGAAAUCUAAAGGAAAUUUUGCAAUUUGAAGAUUUGAUUUUCAAAAUCUCCCAAAUACUAGAUAAAUACUUUGACCAAACAGAUAUUUGUUUUGAUUUGAUUUUUUUUUUUUUUUUAAAAAAAAAAAAUUCAAAAUCUAUGAUCAAAUGGGAAGGUUAUUGUCUUUGUUAAUGCGAAUGUCCAAAUAACACCAUUUUUUUUUUAGAAAAAAAAUAAAAUUACCAACAACGUUUUAUGUCCAUAAUAAAUUGAUGUUUGAUUGAAAUAAUUCUUUAAAACAGAUAUUUAAUGUGAAUUUACUUUGGCGUUAAAACAAUAAUAAAGAAAAAAAAAGAUUUUUCUUUCUUGUUCUUAGCUUGGGGUUACUAACUGCCACCGACUUAAGGGGAACAUGAAUAUAAACGGCUACUUGUGACUUGUGACUUGUGCCUUACGCAUCAUUCAAAUAUUUCAUACUCCUCAGAAUCCCUAUCCCUCUUUCCCCUCACUAAACAGUUCUUCCAAGAAGAAGAAGAUAGGCACCAUCAUCAUCAUCUCAAAGAAGAAGAAGAACGCAAAGCUCUUCGAAAUUUGAAUUUUCAUAAACUGGAGUGAAAAUGAACGAUCUCAUGACGAAAUCGUUCGUAAGUUAUGUGGAAUUGAAGAAGCAAGCCCAUUUGGAUCUUGAAACGGAGAGGGAUUUGGAGAUGGGCCAACUCAGCCGCGCUGAUGAAGACAAUCUUUCCAACUUCUUCCACGAAAUCGAGGCAGUGAAGGCGGGUGAUAUUGAAGAGAUCACUAAUCUCUUGAUCGAUCUUCAGAAUCUGAAUGAAGAGGCUAAAACUACUCAUGGUCCCAAAGUUCUUCGUGGCCUUAGAGAUCGAAUGGAUUCUGACAUGGUCUCUGUCCUUCGCAAAGCCAAGAUUGUCAAGGCAAAACUUGAAGCACUUGACAAAUCCAAUGUGGCUAAUCGCAAAUUAUCAGUGGCAUAUGCAGAAGGCACUGUGGUUGAUCGGACGAGGGUGAACAUGACUAAUGGAUUGAGGAUCAAGCUUAGGGAUAUUAUGAAUGAUUUUCAGACCUUGAGAGGAAAAGUCUUGUCAGAUUACAAAGACUGCCUCAGGAGAAGAUAUUACAACGAGACGGGCCAAGAGCCAACAGAGGAAGUGAUUGAGAAGAUGGUUUCAGGAGGAAGCGGGAAAGUUGAAAUAUUUGCAGCAAAUAAGGAGAUGAAUCUUGAUGACAAAGACAGGCACGAGGCUGUAAUGGACUUAAAGAAGAGCCUGGACAAACUUCAUCAGGUCUUUCUUGAUAUGGCGGUUCUUGUAGAGACUCAAGGCGAACAGAUUGAUGACAUUGAGCAUAACAUGGCCAUUGCUGGAAGCUUCAUCAGUGGUGGAACCAACAGUCUUUUCUAUGCUAAGCAGCAGCAGAAGAAGGGAGUGGCAUGGUUAUGUUGGGUAUGGGCUGUGGUGCUGAUCAUUUUGAUUGUCUGCUUAAUUGCUACGUUGAUCUCUUGAUGAACUUGGAAACACAAUGUCAUUUCAGUUUAGUUUCUGCCAUGUGAGGCAACUGUUAUUAGGAUUCGCCUCUGUAAUUCCUCUCAUUUGAUCUCUCUGAGCUUGAGUAUUUACCAUUCUUAGAGAUAGCUGGAAAUGAUGUUCUGAAUGCAACAAUCAUAAUGUACGAUUCAUUUCAUAUUGAAUCAAAAACUAGAACUAGCAUUCUUUA